AGAAGAAGCUGGGCUUUGGAUUGUAGACGGUGCUGGGGAUGGCAGGGUCCAGAGCGGGGAAUGGCGGCGGCCUCGUCAGCCACCGCUGAAAGGAAGCUUUCUCCGGGCGCCUCCGACGCAUCGGGACCGGGAGACUGCAGCCGCCAGCCCACCUAAGAGUAAAACCGGUAACACCGAUCUGGACGAAUCCAUUGGGAUAUAACUGUAUUUUGAUUGAAGUUGAAACAGUAAAAGAAGCUGGUCUUAACAGCCAGCAGCCGAUGUCACCUGGUGAUCAUUUAUAAAGGUUCAUGGCGUGUUUCUACUUCGCUUUGGUUCCUGAUAGAUUUACACAAAUUUGGAGUAGACGCUGACAAGCGCUGGGAGUGAAGAUAUGUUCCGUAACAGCCUGAAGAUGCUCCUCAGCGGUGGGAAGUCGAACCGCAAGAAUCGGUCAAGUGAUGGCGGGAAUGAGGAACAAUCAGAACGGAGACAAACAGGCAUAGAUUCUCGGCAGAAUCGGUCUGGGCAAGGUGUGUCCAAUACUGAGAACGACUGUGCUUUUGAGCCAGAUUACGCUGUGCCGAACCUCCCAGUUUCUGAAGGAAUGCAGCACAUACGAAUAAUGGAAGGGAUGUCCCGCUCCCUCCCCUCAUCCCCUCUGCUCACACAUCAAUCUAUUAGUGUCCGCCUUCAACCUGUAAAGAAAAUAACAGCCCCCCUGAGGAAGGCGAAGUUUGUGGAAAGCCCUCGAGUCCCAGAAUUGGAGCUCAGUUCCCCAACCAGAACCACAGCCACGAAGCCAGACUUGGAUGCUUUCUGCCCUGGUGACUCAGAACAGGAACUGGGACCUCCACCAUCUGUGGAUGAGGCUGCAAAUACACUCAUGACACGACUAGGCUUUCUACUAGGAGAUAAAGCUUCAGAGGUACAGCAAAGCGCAGAAUACAGCAUGGAAGAACAGGAUGAAAAUCAGAUGUCUACAGAAACUCAACGAAUCAGUCCCUGCUCAACCUUGACUAGCAGUACUGCAUCCCCACCUGCUAAUAGCCCCUGUUCUACCCUACCACCAGUCAGUACGUCUGCAGCUGUUAAAGAUUGUUCUUAUGGAACUGUCACUAGUCCAACCUCCACACUGGAAAGCAGGGACAGUGGCAUUAUUGCAACUUUGACAAGCUAUUCCGAAAAUGUAGAACGUGCUAAGUAUGGUGGGGAAAGUAGCAAAGAAUCAAGCUCCAGGACAAGUGCUAAACCAUGGCAUGCUCAAAAAUCUGCCUUGGAUUCCUGCCUAUAUCGAGUGGAUGAAAAUAUAUCUGGUUCUACGUUCAGCUUGAAUAAAUUCCCAGAAAGAAACUUGGAGACUGUCUCAUCUCAGUCUGUCCACUCCAUCCCCCUGUACCUCAUGCCUCGACCAAAUUCUGUUGCAGCUACAAGUUCUGCCCAUCUAGAAGAUCUAGCUUAUCUGGAUGAACAGCGACACACACCAUUGAGGACAUCUCUGCGAAUGCCCCGGCAGCAUAUGGCCGGGGGUCGCACCCCACAGGACCUUCGAGUACGUUUUGCACCAUACAGACCUCCAGAUAUUUCCUUGAAGCCACUUCUGUUUGAAGUACCCAGCAUCACCACUGACUCAGUGUUCAUUGGACGGGACUGGCUCUUCCAUGAAAUAGAUACACAACUAAAAUGUGGUAAUCCCAGUGUGAACAGAGGAGUAGUGAUUAUAGCCAAUAUUGGAUUUGGGAAAACAGCCAUCAUCUCAAGACUGGUUGCACUCAGUUGUCACGGUUCUCGAAUGAGACAGAUUGCAUCUGACAGUCCACAUGCAUCACCAAAGCAUGCAGAAAGUAGCAGGGAUCUACCACUUACACAGCCACCUCAGGCGCAUCCCUCUAUUGCCAGUGGGAGCUGCCCUAGCACACCUGAACUCCGCCGACGCCAGGAAGAAGCCAUGAAACGAUUGGCCACACAGGUGGUAGCUUAUCAUUAUUGCCAAGCAGACAAUGCCUACACCUGCUUAGUCCCAGAGUUUGUACAUAAUGUUGCAGCUCUGCUCUGUCGAUCACCCCAAUUGGUUGCGUAUAGGGAGCAGCUCCUUCGAGAACCACAUUUACAGAGUAUGCUCAGCUUGCGCUCUUGUGUUCAAGACCCCAUGGCAUCAUUUAGAAGAGGAGUUCUUGAACCACUUGACAACCUGCGCAAAGAGCGAAAAAUUGCAGAUGAAGACUAUAUCCUCUUAAUUGAUGGCCUGAAUGAAGCAGAGUUCCACAAACCAGAUUAUGGGGACACAAUUGUGUCCUUCCUCACUAAAAUGAUUGGAAAAUUUCCAUCAUGGCUGAAGUUAAUAGUGACAGUUCGAACAACACUUCAGGAGGUGGCUAAACUUCUUCCAUUUCACAAGAUAUAUCUGGACAAACUGGAUGUGAACGAAGCAAUAGACCAGGACUUGCAGGCCUAUAUCCUUCACCGAAUCCACAGUAGCCCUGAAAUCCAGAAUAACAUCUCCCUUAAUGGUAAAAUGGACAAUACAACCUUUGGCAAACUCAGUACUCAUCUCAAAGCUUUGAGCCAAGGGUCAUAUCUCUACCUAAAACUAACUUUUGACUUAAUUGAAAAAGGUUAUUUGGUGCUUAAGAGUUCAAGUUAUAAAGUAGUACCUGUUUCCCUCGCUGAGGUCUACCUCUUGCAGUGCAACAUGAAAUUCCCUACACAAUCCUCAUUUGAGCGGGUGCUACCACUGUUGAAUGUGGCUGUGGCAUCCUUGCAUCCUAUGACAGAUGAGCAGCUUUAUCAGGCAAUCAAUGCGGGAAAUAUUGACGGUAACCUUGAAUGGGAGGAUUUCCAACAGCGGAUGGACAAUCUUUCCAUGUUUCUGAUAAAACGUCGGGAUAUGACACGGAUGUUUGUUCAUCCAUCUUUUCGAGAAUGGCUGAUAUGGAGAGAAGAUGGAGAGAAGACCAAGUUUCUUUGUGAUCCCAGGAGUGGCCAUACAUUACUGGCAUUUUGGUUCUCACGUCAAGAAAACAAACUGAACCGCCAACAGACCAUUGAGCUGGGACACCACAUCCUUAAAGCUCACAUAUUCAAGGGACUGAGCAAAAAGGUUGGUGUUUCCUCUUCAAUACUCCAAGGCUUGUGGAUAUCUUACAGCACAGAAGGGCUAUCCACUGCACUAGCAUCUUUACGCAAUUUAUACACUCCAAACAUCAAGGUGAGCCGUUUACUGAUUUUGGGCGGUGCCAAUGUGAAUUACCGGACAGAAGUGUUGAACAAUGCCCCAAUAUUGUGCGUCCAGUCUCACCUUGGUAACUCAGACAUGGUUGCUCUUCUGCUAGAGUUUGGCGCGAAUGUGAAUGCCUGCUCGGAGAGUGGGCUGACUCCUUUGGGCUAUGCAGCAGCUUCUGGACACCUCACUGUUGUUCAUCUACUUUCCAAAAGACGUGCAAAGGUGGAUCACCUAGAUAAGAAUGGACAGUGUGCUCUGGUGCAUGCUGCACUGCGGGGUCACUUGGAAGUAGUUAAAUUCCUAAUCCAGGCUGAUUGGACACUGGCAGGACAGCAGCAGGGAGUGUUUAAGAAGAGUCAUGCAGUUCAACAAGCACUGAUUGCUGCAGCAAGCAUGGGAUAUACUGAGAUUGUGUCAUAUCUCCUGGAUCUACCUGAAAAAGAUGAGGAAGAAGUGGAACGCGCGCAGAUUAACAGUUUUGAUACUCUUUGGGGAGAAACAGCAUUGACUGCUGCAGCUGGACGAGGCAAGCUGGAAGUGUGCAGACUGCUGUUGGAACAAGGAGCAGCAGUGUCACAAUCCAACCGACGGGGGAUUGUUCCACUGUUCAGUGCAGUGAGACAAGGACACUGGCAGAUUGUGGAUUUGCUGUUAACACAUGGUGCAGAUGCAAAUAUGGCAGACAAGCAGGGUAGAACGCCUCUCAUGAUGGCAGCGUCGGAGGGACAUCUGGAUACCGUGGAGUUCCUGCUUGCUCAAGGAGCAGCACUUUCACUCAUGGAUAAAGAGGGAUUAACUGCCCUCAGCUGGGCUUGUCUGAAGGGUCACUUGCCAGUGGUUCAGUCCCUAGUAGAAAGAGGUGCUGCUACAGACCAUGCAGACAAAAAUGGACGGACACCUCUGGAUCUUGCUGCAUUUUAUGGUGAUGCUGAUGUUGUGCAAUACCUUGUGGAUCAUGGAGCAAUGAUUGAACAUGUGGACUACAGUGGCAUGAGACCUUUGGACAGAGCAGUGGGGUGCCGCAAUACAGCUGUGGUGGUCACCCUCCUGAAGAAAGGAGCCAAGAUAGGUCCAGCGACGUGGGCAAUGGCCACCUCCAAACCGGACAUCAUGAUCAUCCUCCUGAGCAAGCUGAUGGAAGAAGGAGACAUGUUUUACAAGAAAGGAAAGGUAAAGGAAGCAGCUCAGCGAUACCAAUAUGCAUUGAAGAAAUUCCCACGAGAAGGGUUCGGAGAAGAUUUGAAGACUUUUCGGGAGCUGAAGGUGUCCCUGUUGCUGAACCUCUCACGAUGUCGGAGGAAAAUGAAUGACUUUGGGAUGGCGGAAGAGUUUGCAACCAAAGCCCUGGAGCUGAAACCUAAGGCAUAUGAGGCAUAUUACGCCAGAGCUAGAGCAAAGCGAAGCAGCAGACAAUUUCCAGCUGCUCUGGAAGAUUUGCACGAAGCCGUAAAACUUUGUCCAAAUAACCGUGAAAUACAACGUUUGUUGAUACGAGUAGAAGAGGAGUUCAGACAAAUGCAGUAUGGUCAGCAAAUGCAGUAUGCCCAACAACAGCAACAGACUCAGCGAGAAGAUGUAGACUCUAUGCAUGAAUUAUAUGAUGAAGAAUAUUUGGAGCAAGAGUUGGAUAAUGUCUCUGUUGGCCUACAGACAGAAGCAAGAUCUAGUCAAGGACUGCCAGUCAUCCAAAGUCCACCUUCUUCCCCAGCACACCGUGAGCCCAGCUACAGAUCCAGCUCGCCUCUCAACUCUCACCAGGUCUUUGACUACAGACCAACCACUUCAGUCUCCUCCCCAACACGGCAGGUCUACCAAUCUACGUCACCAUCGCUUUCACCUACUCACCAGAAUUCUCAUUAUCGGCCUAGCCCUCCGCCUACCUCCCCUGCUCAUCAAGGGUCUUCAUAUCGCUUUAGCCCCCCCCCAGUGGGUGGACAAAGCAAAGAAUAUCAGUCUAGUCCUCCUCCUUCACCAUUGCGUAGAGCCCCACAGUACAGAUCCAGCCCUCCUGCAGAUAGUAUGAGUAUAUAUAGGCCUCAGUCUGGCUCACCAGUUCGGUAUCAACAGGAACCCACUAUAAGUCAGCUUCCUGGUAGGCCGAAGUCUCCUUUAUCCAAAAUGGCCCAAAGACCCUAUCAGUUAUCUCAACCACCAUCAGGUUUACCCCAACAAGGGCUUAGAUUACAGCCAGCCAAGGCCCAAAUUGUACGCACUAAUCAGCCAAGCUCUGCAGUACAUUCUAGUGCUGUUAUACUUGGUGGAUCCUAUAACCAGGGGCCCCACUCCAUGAGCACUAAGCAUCAAUCGUCUUCAGUUGAUAUGACUCCUACUCAAAGUCGCUUGGUUUACCAGCCUGUAAUGGGUGGAGCGGUGGCAGACAGUAGACCUGUGCAGCAUGUGCAAGCCAGUCUAAGCGCUGGUGCAAUAAGCAAUGUUUGCCAGCAUCCAGGAGCAGUAAUGACUAAAGAGGAUCACAACCAAAGACCCUCUUCUGCCUUUCGAGGGGGAAUGAGGUAUGGCCAAACUCCUCAAAUUGGUCGCAGUCAAUCUGCUUCGUAUUAUCCUGUUUCCCAUUCCAAGCAUGAAUUAGAAAGAUCUUCUGUUCCGUCCAGCCAGAUUGCAUCUCCAGAUGUAUCUCACAUGAUCAGGAGGGCACUCACUGUGAAUCCUCCAGAAAUUAAACCUCAUCCACCAACACCUCGACCAUUGCUCCAUUCUCAAAGCACUGGCCUUCGUUUCUCCCCCUCUAACAAUAGCCUUUCUUCUAGCUCCAAUAUUGUGUCUUCAUUCCGUCCUUCUGCAUCCAUCCAACAGAUGGAGAUUCCACUCAAACCCACUUAUGAAAGUCGAUCUUGUGAAGAACAGUCUCCCAUCUCUCCAACACAGGGUUAUCCUGGAGAUUCUGGUCGUUCCAGGACCACACCUUUCAUGGGGAUAAUAGAUAAAACAGCACGGACACAGCAAUAUACUCACAUGCACCAGCAGAGCCGGACGUGGGCUGUGUCAUCUGUUGACACUGUCAUCACCAGUCCCACCUCCUCUGGAGGAAUGUCUCCCCAGUCUGGUUCCUAUAGUCCACCCUUAGUCAGUAACAUUGCUUUCUUCAAUAAAACUAACAAUGCCCAAAAUGGCCAUCUGAUAGACGACGAUAUAUGUGUCUCCCAUGGUAAGCUGACUAAUGGAUCCCGGGCAGAGAUUUUGGAGAGGGUUAGUCAGGCUCCCUCAUACCCAGAUGUGAAGGUGGCUAGAACAUUGCCUGUUGCCCAAGCAUACCAGGACAGUAUAUAUCGGCAGCUCUCCAGAGACUCGCGGCAAGGGCAAACGUCACCUUUAAAACCAAAGAGACCAUUCGUAGAAUCAAAUGUAUAAAGGGAAUUCUCUAGAUUAUAAAUCCCAUAUUGUGAGCAGGUUUGCAAUUAAACCCCUUGCACAUGUAGCCACAGAGUGCACUGUACAAUGAAGCUGCUUCCACUUACAUAUGAAAUAAGCCAGAAAAGAAAACAUUAGUAGGUCCAGUUCCAUUCCGUUGCUUAAUUAUGAGUAGUUUCUAACUUUUCUAACUAUUGUAUAAAAGUUUAAAUGUCAGGAACGAGAAAGGUGAUACGAAUAUCAAAGUAUGAGUGCUCAAGUGAUGAAUGUUUAGACUAAUGCAUCAGAUCAGUUUAUGCUUUUAUUUUACAUAGGAAGGUUAACAUAAUUAUGAGUAAUUUUUUUUGGCUUUUUAAAGAAGUCUGACACACAAGUUACAAUAAGGUGCAGAU